AUGUGGAACUAUACACCCAAAUUUUGCUUCUUUGUCCUUGUCCUUGCCCUUGCCCUUGCCCUUGCCUUCCGAACCUAUUGGAGUUCCUCAUCUCCAUUUGAACUUGCACGAGGUUCACCAAUCUUUUGUGCGAAGUCUGCUUCUGCAAACCCUAGUAAACUCUCUUCCAAGGACAAAGCGCACACAGAGAAAGCGGCUAUGGCGCAGGAGCAGCUGGUGUUGAGAGGCAUAAUGAGGGCCCAUACGGAUUGGGUGACCGCAAUUGCAACGCCGGUAGACAACUCCGACAUGAUAGUCACCUCUUCCCGUGACAAGUCCAUUAUUCUGUGGAAUAUCACUAAGGAAGACAGGACAUAUGGCGUCGCCCGCCGCCGCCUUACUGGCCACUCCCACUUCGUCCAGGACGUUGUCCUUUCCUCCGACGGUAUGUUUGCGCUUUCUGGGAGCUGGGACGGCGAGCUCCGCCUCUGGGACCUUCAGACUGGUGCUACAACCCGCCGAUUCGUUGGCCACACUAAGGAUGUGUUGUCGGUUGCGUUUUCCGUUGAUAAUAGGCAGAUUGUUUCUGCAUCGCGUGACAAGUCUAUUAAGCUUUGGAAUACUUUGGGUGAAUGUAAGUACACUAUUCAAGACGGUGAUGCCCAUUCUGAUUGGGUUUCUUGCGUCCGGUUUUCGCCUAAUACGCUUCAGCCGACUAUAGUUUCUGGGUCUUGGGAUAAGACUGUGAAGAUCUGGAAUUUGUCUAAUUGUAAGCUGAGAUCAACCUUGGCUGGGCAUACCGGUUCGGUUAACACGGUGGCUGUUUCGCCUGAUGGGUCCUUAUGCGCGAGUGGAGGGAAAGAUGGAGUGAUAUUGCUCUGGGAUUUGGCUGAAGGGAAGAAGCUUUACUCUUUGGAAGCGGGUUCGACUAUUCAUUCACUUUGCUUCAGUCCCAAUAGGUACUGGCUUUGUGCAGCCACUGAAGCCAGCAUUAAGAUUUGGGACUUGGAGAGCAAGACUGUUGUUGUGGAUCUUAAGGUUGAUUUGAAACAGGAGAGUGAGAUGGCUGCUGAAGAGAGUACUCAAACCAGUAACAAAAACAAGAUUCUAUACUGCACUAGUCUCAAUUGGAGUAUGGAUGGGAGCACACUAUUCAGCGGUUACACGGACGGUGUCGUCAGAGUUUGGGGCGUUGGACGUUACUAG